CAGAUUUGUGUUUGCCCUAUGUCCUGUCCCUUGUGCAGUCUCUCUGACUGACGUGCCUCUACUUCGGACUGUUGUCUCUUUGCUCUGCUCAUGUGUGAAGUCUUGCUUCUGCUGAUCUCACUCUGCGUCACUUCAUGCAGAUCACGGCAGGCAAGAUGAUUCCCUGUGGAGCAGUACUGACCUUUGUCCGGUGCCUCAUUCGGAGGAAAAUCGUCAACUUGGACAGUCUGGAUGACAGCAAACUCUCCCGCUGCCUGACCACUGUGGAUCUGAUUGCCCUCGGGGUGGGGAGCACCCUCGGAGCUGGGGUGUACGUGCUCGCGGGGGAAGUGGCCAAGUCCAGCUCGGGCCCCAGCAUUGUGUUGUCCUUCCUGAUUGCGGCCCUGGCCUCCGUCAUGGCCGGACUGUGCUACGCGGAAUUUGGAGCCCGGGUCCCCAAGACAGGCUCUGCAUACUUGUACACUUACGUUACUGUGGGCGAGCUGUGGGCCUUCAUCACAGGCUGGAAUCUCCUCCUGUCUUACGUUAUAGGGACCUCCAGUGUGGCCCGGGCAUGGAGUGGCACCUUUGAUGAAAUGCUCAGCAAAAGGAUUGGCAACUUUUCCCGGACCUACCUCAGCAUGCAUACCCCAGGGCUCUCGGAGUAUCCGGACUUUUUUGCUGUGAUACUCAUCCUUCUCCUAUCGGGCCUCUUAUCGUUUGGUGUCAAAGAGUCGGCCUGGGUGAAUAAAAUCUUCACAGCUGUUAACAUCCUGGUCCUAAUCUUCGUGAUCAUCACGGGCUUUGUGAAAGGCAACAUUGCAAACUGGAGGAUCAGUGAGGACUUCCUCAAAAACAUCUCAGGCACCGACAAAGAUCCGUCUUCUACAAAUGGGACAAGCCCCCACGGGGUUGGAGGGUUCAUGCCCUUCGGCUUUCAGGGGACUCUAGCCGGAGCCGCCACGUGUUUCUAUGCCUUUGUGGGCUUUGACUGCAUCGCCACAACAGGGGAAGAGGUGCGGAAUCCUCAACGGGCCAUCCCCAUCGGCAUCGUCACAUCCCUGCUCGUGUGUUUCAUGGCAUACUUUGGUGUGUCUGCGGCCCUGACCCUCAUGAUGCCCUAUUACCUCCUGGAUCACACCAGCCCCCUGCCCGUAGCCUUCGAGUAUGUUGGCUGGAGUCCUGCCAAGUACGUGGUGGCGGUGGGCUCCCUCUGCGCUCUGUCCACCAGUCUCCUUGGAUCCAUAUUCCCAAUGCCGCGGGUAAUCUAUGCUAUGGCAGAAGAUGGUUUGCUUUUCCAAUUCUUAGCUAAAAUCCACCCCAAAACGAAGAGUCCGUCCGCAGCUACUAUGACAUCAGGUUCCGUGGCAGCGGUCAUGGCCUUCCUCUUUGACUUGAAGGCUCUGGUGGACAUGAUGUCUAUUGGGACCCUCCUGGCCUAUUCGCUUGUGGCUGCUUGUGUUCUCAUCCUCAGGUACCAGCCCAGCUUGAUUCACCAGAUGAAAUGUUGCCCGGAGAAGGAAGCCUUGACCUCUGACCCAACCACAGGCAUACUACUAGAAUCCAAGAACAGUAAGGGCCCUAGGUUGCCCACCCAUCGGUCGGGGUCUCUUGUGAGCUGUUUGGUGGCACUGCUGGCAUUCAUGAUUCUCUGCCUCAGCAUCCUGAUGACCCAUAGCAUUCAUGCCAUUUACAAUGUGGAGCCGUGGAGCCUUGGCCUUCUGUCUGUGUUCAUCUUAGUUAUCGUCAUCAUCAUCCUUGUCAUCUGGAGUCAGCCUCAGAAUGAUCAGAAAGUAGCCUUUAUGGUGCCCCUGCUGCCAUUUUUGCCCACAGUCAGCAUCCUGGUAAACAUUUACCUCAUGGUCCAGUUGAAUGCACAAACGUGGAUCCGAUUCAGCAUCUGGAUGGCUAUCGGCUUCCUGAUUUACUUUUCUUAUGGCAUCAGACACAGCUUAGAAGGGCAUCAGAAGUGCAAAGAGAACAUUCAGGCAGAAGAAAAAUCCCUAUUGAGGCCAGCACCCCCACAUAGGGCAAGCCCAGCGUCCAUUCCUUCUUCUGGACCGGACAAGUCAAUGCUGAUGCCUAUGCGCUCUCUGCUAGGCAACACAGCCCCAAUGCUCCCUAUGUCUUUUGUUGGAAACCGGGACAGGAUGUUUUUGCCAGGUUCCAUUAUCCUCAGUCUGCUGCUCUUGCCAGAUAUGCCCACUCUGAUGUUUGUGCCUAUGGGCUGGGUGAGCCCAGACAAGAGCAAUGAGUCUGGGGACCAGCCACUUCCUUGAGGAUCCUCUCCUCGGGGGAUGAACCCAAAAAUAAAUGGGGGAGGGGAGACCAGAGUUGCACCUUGCACCUUUUGACACAUGGAAAUUCUUGCUGGUUUUUUUGUUUUGUUUUGUUUUGUCUUGCAUAAUCCUGUUAUGGUAUUGCCAGUGUUAGCCUUUGCUGGGCAGCCCUCUCAGAAAUUGAGGGGUGUUGAGCUAUUGGAUAUGCCUGUCCAGUUGUGUGCCUCACAUUUGGGGGGGGGUUACCACUGUGCCUCUUUGACUCUUUGACCUUGUUCCUUUAACCUGACAAACUGUCAGUGUUCCCAUCCAUCUCUCUUAGCUCACAUGGAAAGAGGACUUUGGAGAAACAGCAGAGCAGGGGCAAGGACAAGUACCCUCUGCAGGUUUUUUUAUAUAAAUGCCAACAGUGGAUCCCUUAAGAUGACCCCCCUCCAGUAAAGACAUGUUUCUAAUAAAUUAGUAAAUAUGAA